AUGUCGUCGGCUCAGGGGUUAUCGAGGCAGCAAAAGGGGAACUCAGUUGUUGCGGCAUCAGCUCCGGCAAGGGGUCCAGACGGAGGUUGUAUCGGGGAUCUCGAGUCGACUCAUCACGAGGCGAUGAUGGAUACAGUUGAUUUGUCUCGCUCCCAGAGGCUUUUGGUCGCAGAUGCUACACGGCUUGCGAGGGAAGGGAGCGAAAACGUCGUCGUGGGGGAUGCGACGGAGUGUGCGAGAGACGGACAGAGUGGGGCGGUGCCCGUUGACUCGAUUACCUUGAGGGUUCGCGCAGUGGAAGACGAUUCUUCGGAAGACGACGACUCCGAAGCCGAGUUGUUUCCGACGACCUUCUAUCCCGAAGGGAUUUUCGAGGAGCUUCCGCGACUACAUCCUGAUUUAUUGCGCCCUGCUUUCGUGGCUGGUCAAGAUUGGGACGGUGUGGAGGAGACUAAGUCGACCCUGAGGAGCGUGAAGAGGGUUCUUCGGGCCAAGAAUGCUACAGGCGUGACCUUCCUCAUUCCUACGAAGGAGCAAAGGCCUUGGUCUCCUCCGAUCGGGUACCAAACAGUAUACAAGUCUUAUUUCCAGGAUGACACUCGCUGUUGGUUCCCCAUCCCGCGACUGAUCACCGCGUACGCUAUGCGGCGAGAUAUCGCGAUUAGUCAGUUACUGAACGGCUCGCUGCGACUAGCCGUCACUCUAUCAGUUCUAGCGGAGGAGAUUGACAUGCCGAUGAGCGUCAGGUCGUUCGAGGAGAUGACCUCGAUAACCGAUAUGAAGGACGGAACCUACUCGGUGAAGAUGCGACCAAACUGCAAUGUGUGCGCCGGUCAUCCAAACAAAACACAGAAUUGGCAGCGUUCCUACUUCUUCAUCAAGUCCGACGACUCGGCUUUCGAGGAGCCUCCUCGAGGGGACUAUCGGGUCCUGUGGAACCGUUCUUGUGUUGACCAUCCCACGUCUCCAGUCUAUCCUGAGGAUUUCCUGAAGAGCGUUCGAGCCGUCAAUUUGCUUCAGAUCUACCGUUGGUCCGAGAUUACCGUCGGGAAGAUUGGCGAGCUUAAGGACCGGAUCGCUCGAAGAGAGUGGAGAUCUGACCUUCCGACCGUUCUUCCUAUUCGCACCAAGCGACUAGAUAUCUUCCCAAAGGACAUCCAGAAGCGAGUCUCUGAAGCAAAGAGGAUGGGAACUCUUCCCGAUUUGAGCGCGAUGUUAGCCGCCCAGCUGGGACUGGCCAGCGAGGAAGGACCUUCGACGACGGUUCCUCGCAUUGGUGAGGUUCCCCCUUCUGGCGCUAGAAACGCGGGAAGGGGUGAUGUUCAAGAAGAAGAACUUCAACCCGAAGACGAGGCUUCUGAGGCUGAAAUCUCGGGAGAACUGGACGAUGCGGUGGAAGUUGGUGAAAGGGAGGAAUCUGAAAUUCCUCUUAACGCCGCCCGUCCGGACGGUUCUGAAGAAGACAGCGGAGAGUCGCCGCUUUUGAUCAGGAGAUGUAACGACGAGGUUGGCGAUGAGGCGCGAUCUCCUAUUCUGGCGUCCUCUCGCGAGGGAACUCCGGUUCCCAUUGGGGAAGGGGUCGCUCAGGUCGGCACUUCUUCUCGCGGCUCCGCUAUCUUGAGGAGGGUGCCUGGAGUUAACUUUCCAGACAAGGUUUCGUUUCACUACGAGGGACCGGCCCCCCAAGUGUUCGUUCCCGAGAAGUGUGGGGAGUUCCUUCGCCAAUUAAGGGGGAGGGUGAAACCUUUGCCCGCUGUGAAGGACCUCAUCUUUGGGGGUGAAUACGAGGAAGCCGCGAGGGCCAAGCUGCUGGGGGAUAGUGCGACGAACGCCGUGAUCGAUAAGUACGACACUGCCCUGAAGGGAGCUUUAGGCGAACUUGAGCUGUCUAAGGAGUACGCGGAGAAAGAGGAAGCUUCUGCUCGCCAGCUGAAUGCGUCGAGGGCUGACGUCGAGAUGCUUAACGGGAUGGUUGCUCGCAUCAUUGCUCGAAGAGACGAGCUCAAAGCCGAGUUGGAGGUAUCCCGAGGAGUCGUUCGUGAGCUAGAGCGGAAGAACGCCGAACUUGAGAGCGAGAAGGUUUUGCUCGCUGCGUCUCAUGAAAGAGAGAUGAGGAUUCGCUCCCGAGAAGAGCGACGAGGUCCCUAUGAGGAGGCACGGUUGCUUCAUAGCCAAGCCUUCGGAACCAGGAAAUGCCUUGAGGCUUUGAAGAGGGCUGGGAGCGACAUCUCGCAAGCUACUAUCGAGAUUUUUGCCGAGCAAGAGAAGAAGUACGAGGAGGAAGCCGAGAAGCUUAGGGUGGGCGAGAUACCCGAGGAAGAUUUCACGCUUUCUCCUCUCGUAUUGGACUCUCAGUUUGUGGAUACUCGAAUCUUGGCGAGUCUCGAUCCGUAUGGGUCCAACGCCGGCUUGAUCGAUCCGGAGAUUGCAGCGAAUCUUCACGUUCCGCUUACUCAUCCGACUGAAGAGCGGCGCGAAGACCCGACGCUUCUUCCUGAAGGUCCUUUGGCCGAUCCAGAGAUCGUCCCGAGAUCAGGUGAAGUUCAUGCUUCUCCGGCUGCUCGUGAGUCAAGCGUCAGGGCUUCGGAGCUCUCCGCCCUCAACGAUCGCGAGAGCGAUCAGGAAGCUUAG